AUGGAUCGAGCGAGCAGGGCGCAAGAGGAUGAGCUCAGCCUAGAGCUCAGCUUGGCCGCCGUGGCGCCGGCGCCCGGCACAUCGGACGGCUUCUUCCUCUGUGUCUACUGCGACCGCAAGUUCCGCAGUUCGCAGGCGCUUGGCGGCCACCAGAAUGUGCACAAGCAUGAGCGCGCCGUCGCCUGGCGCAUGCGAGAGGUCGCAGCCGCUGCGGUCACGCGGGCGCUGGAUGUCGUAAGUUCGAGGAAGGCCGGGAAAGCUACUUCUUAUUCUGUUCGGAAGCCUGAGGACCCCUCAGGCAGCAAUGAAGGUGGGAGCUCUUCGGAGCGCGGCGAGCAGGUGGACUUGUCUCUCCGGCUAUAA